UGCUGCUGUUAACGUCAACACAACAAACCCACGGUUAAAUGUCGCCGGGCGAACUUGUUGGAAGAGACCAAAAAGAAACAAACGAAAUGAGAAAAUGAUCGGCGCUCAAAUUAAAUAAUCCAACCCGUUUCUAUCCACCCCCUCAAAAAAUCGUUGAAAUUAUUUAUGUAUUUAUGGAGUGACAGCCAUGGAUUACGAUUUUAAAACGAAACUAGCAGCGGAGCGAGAGAAAGUAGAAGAUCUGUUUGAAUAUGAAGGUUGCAAAGUGGGUCGUGGUACCUAUGGUCAUGUUUACAAAGCAAAAAGAAAGGAUGGGAAUGAUGAGAAAGAGUAUGCUCUUAAACAGAUUGAAGGCACUGGUAUCUCCAUGUCUGCGUGCAGAGAGAUCGCGUUGCUGCGAGAGUUGAAGCACCCCAACGUGAUUGCUUUGCAGAAGGUGUUUCUUUCACACAGCGACAGAAAGGUCUGGCUCCUGUUUGAUUAUGCAGAACAUGAUUUAUGGCAUAUUAUCAAGUUCCAUCGUGCCUCAAAAGCAAAUAAAAAGCCAGUACAGCUACCAAGGGGAAUGGUCAAAUCACUGCUUUAUCAAAUACUAGAUGGAAUUCAUUACCUCCAUGCAAACUGGGUUCUUCACAGAGACUUGAAACCAGCAAACAUCUUAGUAAUGGGAGAAGGACCAGAACGAGGCCGUGUAAAAAUAGCGGACAUGGGUUUUGCCAGACUAUUUAAUUCUCCACUAAAGCCUUUGGCUGAUUUGGAUCCAGUGGUAGUAACAUUUUGGUAUCGUGCGCCGGAGUUACUGCUGGGAGCCAGACAUUACACAAAAGCAAUUGAUAUUUGGGCAAUUGGAUGCAUUUUUGCAGAACUUUUAACAUCAGAACCCAUCUUUCAUUGCCGCCAGGAAGAUAUUAAAACAAGCAACCCCUUUCACCAUGACCAGUUGGAUCGUAUUUUCAGUGUUAUGGGAUUUCCUGCUGAUAAAGACUGGGAAGAUAUUCGCAAGAUGCCUGAAUACCCAACUCUGCAGAAAGACUUCAGGAGAACAACCUAUGCUAACAGCAGCCUCAUUAAGUACAUGGAGAAACACAAAGUCAAGCCUGACAGUAAAGUAUUUCUUCUGCUGCAAAAACUCCUGACCAUGGAUCCAACAAAAAGGAUCACUUCUGAGCAAGCUCUACAGGACCCGUACUUCUUGGAAGAACCUUUACCAACUACAGAUGUCUUUGCAGGUUGCCAGAUCCCAUAUCCUAAGCGAGAAUUUCUAAAUGAAGAUGAACCAGAAGAGAAAGGUGAAAAGAAUCAGCAGCAAACCCAGCAACAUCAGCAGCAGACAACACAACAGAAUCAACAGCAACAGCAAGCACCCCAGCAACAAAGCAGUACACAGACAAAUGGAACAGCUGCUGGGGGAGGAGGUGGUGGAGGAGGAACUGGAGGAGGCCUACAGCAUAACCAGGACAGCAGUCUCAAUCAGGGACCUCCAAACAAGAAACCACGAUUAGGUACAUCAGCUACAACUUCUGGUGGCUCCGCCAUGCCAACCGAUUACCAGCACUCUGGCACACGUCUGGGUUACCAAAGCAAUGUACAGGGUUCUUCCCAGUCCCAGAGCACUACAGGAUAUUCUUCUUCAACUCAGCAGAGCUCUCAGUAUUCACACCAGUCCCACAGAUUUCCAGCAUUUGCAGCAGUUUGCUUUUGUGUUGCUGCAGGAUGUCUGUUCCUUGCUGCACUUUCGACAUAUGUUCAAAAGAGUGAAUUGAAGUAGAAUUGUAUGCCUAUUAUUUAAUUCAAAUUAUCUCAAUUUUAGCCAAUAAUUUUCCACUUCACUGUGUUCUUUACAUUGCUUACUUCAACUUCAUUUUUAGGGAUGGUGGUGUAAUGGUAAUGUCACUAGAAUGGUAAUGUAGAUGCCCAGGCCAAUGCUUUUAGGAAAUGGGUUCAAAUCCACCCAAGGCAGCUGGUGGGAUUUAAAUUCAGUUAACAGAUUUGGAAUAUAAAGCCUGUCUCUGUGAAACUAUCAUCAGUUGUCAUAAAGACCCAUCUAGUUAAUGUCCUUAAGGGAAGGAAAUCUGCCAUCCACCACCCUUACCUGGUUUGGCCUGGCCUACAUCUGACUCCAGACCCAGUAAUGUGGUUGACUCUUAACCGUCCUCUGAAAUGGCCCAUCAAGUCCCUCAGUUUCAAGACCAACAAAUGCUGUCCUUGCCAAUGACACCAACAUCCAAUGAAUAAAGAAAAAAUAUUGCUUGAUAAUUCAAACUUUAUUAGCACAACAAAUGACUGAACUAUUAGGAUUAGAUUAUAGUUACAGUAAUCUGUUUGCUGUUGUCUUUACUGAUUUUACUGGUCUCUCUACUGAUACUAAGCAUCCUUCGAUAAUCAGCAAUGUGAAGCCAUGUUUUCGAUCUUCUUCCUCCUUAUAAGUUAGAAAAUGAAAGAAUAAUGUAAUGUAGGCUGUACAUUUAAUCUGAUUUCUCAACCUGAACCCUUGGGUACAAUUUAAUGCCCCCCCACCGCCCAUUGGAUGCAAAUUCCAAGACGGAGGGCUUAUUGUUGUUUAAUCUGGCUUGAUUAAGUCCAGGGUGGUAAGCCUGAUGUUCAACCAGCAGUGAUCGGGGUCUCACCAGGCAGGGAGACCAACAAGCAAACCCUGUCAAGGUUGCUUGCAGCCUAGUGGGGAGGGGUCCCUCGUUCAAAGGUAUUCCGCGCCUGAUUGAGGGACCCAGCAUUGGGAAGGGGGCUCACUGAUAAGUUAUACCCCUGCCCUUUCCUGAAACCCCCCCCCUUUCCCAGCGACCCCCAUCCCACUGUCACUUACCUUUCUCCAGGGAUCCCAUGAUGAACGCUGAUGAAGGUUGAUGAUGAUCAAGUGAAUUACCAACAGCAGCCACUGCACCAGUGAGGGAGGAGGUGGUGGGGUGGUGGGGCCGGGUUAGAAAGGCCGGUGGCGGACUGGCCUCAGAUUUUAUGAGUCCCUAGCCUUCAAAGCCGCUGGCCAGAGGGCUGUUAAAUUCGGCCACAUGAUUGAUCCAGUAUAUUUUGUGCCCCUGCAGCAACAUUGAUUAAAAAAAGCUGCAUAUAGCUUUGUGUUGGCUAUCCAUUUUAAAUCGGGUUUUUUUUUAAAAAUCAACUUUUCUCAAGACUCAUAUGGUUCUUCAGGGACAUGUGCAACCAAGUGCAUUAAAUUUGUGCUGAAAUAAGUUACUUAAUGGUGCUUAAAGAGUUAACUGAUUACAAACACAAUCGUCCAGAUACUUAGAUUCUUGCACUAACAACUUUUCAAGCUCGAUUAAUGGGAUGUUUUUGCAGGGUUGGAGGAUUUGGUUACACUUAUGCAUAUGGUGUUUCAUUGAGCAUUUCUGCAGAUAGUGUAAAACUAAAUUACAGAGUAGCUUGAAUAUACAAGACAUUUUAUUUUUUGGUUUAAUCCUACUGGACAUGUUAGAAUUUAAACAUAAACUACCCAUUUCAGUGGAUCACAAGAACUAGUGAAACUACGAGCAACUUGGACCUAAAUUUUCACAAGUUUCUCAUGCCAUAACUUUGGCAAGAAAUCAGCUGGACCACUUGAAAAGCAAUGUAAACGGCCAUUUGGAUUAUUUGUCCAGAUGUUCUGGUAGUCUUCCGCCAGAGAAUCCCUGUGGAAAUUUCAGGCUUCCUAUCAUUAAAUGUUGUUAUCAAAUAAUUAUGGUAACAUUGUGUUAUAAAAUGUGCUUUUUUUAAUAUUGUCUCAAGCAGUGAAAAAAAAUGCUGUUUAUUUUCCUCCCAUGAUCGAAUAUAAACUCCAUAUAUAAUUCUUUUAUUCUUUUGUUUUAUGAGACCUUUUUACGUUUUCGAAAUUUAGUUUUAACUUUUAAAAAUGCAAAGUGUGAAAAGCGAUAUCUACAGUACACCAUUUAAAAAAUCAAACCAUUGCAAAAAAUUAUGAUUAGCCUCACCACUUUUUGUUUUCGUUGAGAGGACGAAGGAACAUAUUUAUAAGCACUUGAGAUUGAUCAGUAGUUGGCUUCACCCAAUAGUGCAAUAGGAGGAAACAUGACUAUUUUCUUUCGACUGGAUAGUUAUUGCAAUGGGUUUGGAUAUAUCUGGCUCUGACAGGUAUGGAGGCGCCCAGAAUUUUAGAAAGAACUCCACAGUUGAAACCAGUAUUGAAGCUGGAUAGGAGCAGGGAUGGAGACUGUUACAAUUAGAGGAGGGGUUAGAUUCUUUAGUGCUAUGACAGUUGAAGCAAUGUGGAACCCAGAAAGUAGAUUUGUUCGAAGGCAGUCCUAGCACAAUGUCCAAGAGGGAGUCCAGAGUACUGUAGUACCAAAGUAAAGCUAAAGAAGUUCCUUUUGAAAGGAUUAUAAUAAUUUUGGCUGUGCUACUGGGAAGGAAAGCCAGAUAUAACUUUGCCCUUGCUCUUAGGAGGGCUUGUGGUGACAUGGACCAAAGUCCUUACAUUUUGCAUUAUGCAACAAAGAUGAAGCCAGCUGAUGUGACACCAGCAGUUCACAUAUCCCAGGUUAAAGAACAAUAUGACAGGUAAGAUUGAAUAGGUUAGAAACAGAGAAAUUGUUUCCUUUUAUGGAGAAAUCACAAACGAGUAGAGAUGAGCCUCAUUAUGCAUGCUUAGCUGAGAGCCCAAAUUUCCAUAAAGUCUUUAUUGAAACAAGUGCACAGAAGAAGGGAAAGCAUUGCUUGAUUGAUUAAUUUACAAGCCUUUUUUCAGUGACCUAUUUUGUCUCUAGAUCACUGUUUAGUUACACAAGAUAAAGUGUUGUUGAGUGCUUAUUGUUUCUGUUUUGAUACUUUAAAGAUCUGAUUGAUUGACAUUUUUAUAGGGUUAUUGCAGCACCAGUUUUCUAAAAGCUUUUCCACACAUGCCAUUGUCACUACAGGGUUCAUUGUUCUGUACAGAUUGUAUACUGAAUGAAUGGAUAUGGGAAUGCUAUGUGUUGGCAUGGAGGGUAUGAGGGGCCAUUGGGGGUGAGUGAGGAGGGCAUGAGUCGGCAUGGGGUUCAUGGGCAAGACCAUUUGAAGUUGUGUUUCAAAAGGAUCCUGCAUCCAUAUUAUGGUUCACUACUCCUCUGAGGGGCUGAGAACCAUAAGUCCUUGAGAAGCUGGCCUGAUACCAUGAAAAUUGUGGAGGGCCAGGAGAUGCAUACCCCAACAAUGGUGCCAGGAAUGCAGGGUACAGGCUCACUGCCUGCACCCUUCUCCUGUGCCAGUGAAAAUUGUGGGUGCCAGGAAUGAGGGCGGGAUUCCCAGAAUCAAGUCCUAUCCACCAUUUUUCAAGGUCUGCGGAGCAUCCACAACUCUGUAAAAUUUUGUCCCCAUGUAAGGAGUAUCAGUCAAAUGGUAGCAGAUGAAUCUUUAACCCGUUCCUUCAACUCAACAUCAGAGAACCUUUCAUAUCAAAGGACAGCUUAUUUGAGCUUCUUUACAGUAACUAAUGCAAAAGUAAACUAGGCUAGACAAACAAAAUCAAUCCCAGCUGGAACACUACACCACUGAGUAAAUUAGUUAUCCUCUUCCCAGUGCCAUCAAAAAUUAGGGCAGACUCAGUAUACCUGAGCUAAUGUUACUUCAUUAACAUCACAAUACCACCAUAAGAUCGUGAAGCAGCACAUUGAGUAUUAUUAACUGACAAAAGGUCAGAACUUACAAGCUCCAACAUAAGGUUGGAAUCUUUCGUUGGUGGCAAGUGUCUUGCCUGCUGGAGAGCCGGCACGAGACCCGUGCUGGUCUGUUGGACCUUAUGCCAAUCAGGCAGAUCCAGUUCACCAGCGGGCCACCCUCCAGAAUCCAGGCAGAAGUUCUGGCCAAGAAUUGCCAGCCAGUUCGCAAGCCCCACCUCCCCCCACAUCCCAGGACCCAAGAGAAAAGUAAUGGUUUUUUAUCGUGGGGUGGGGAUCGCAGUGAGAGCAGGACAGGGGGUGGUUCUCAAUCGGUAUCCCGUUGCUCAUGCCCUCGAUCAGACACUGAGUGGCUUUGCUUGAGGGAACCCGUCCCCAGUGACAAGCGGCCCACACUCUGGAGCUGGGUUAAUCCCAGCAGUGGCGGAAAGAGGCCCUUAAUUGGCCACAAGGGUCUUAAUUGGCAGCAGAGCAGGAAGGUCAGCCAUGGGCCUUCCCGCCCAGAACAUAAUUCUGACAGAGGCAGGAAGGCAGCAGGGUUUAAUUGCACCACCACCCCACCUAAUUAAGUGUACUUCCUGCCCCCAAACUCGCCACCUCCAGGAGGGUAGAUUCUACCCGUUGUUUAUUAAUAUGAUGAUGACAGCUGAGUGUUGGCUGGGCUCUAUUUAUUUGCUAAUUGGAGCAAGCUGCUAAUUGCAAGGAUACUUGUUAGAAUUAGGAAAGCUUACAGCACAAAAGGAGGCCUUCAGCCCACUGUGCUGUGAUGAAGGAGCUUUCUAAUUUAGUCACACGCAAUCCAGCAUUUUCCCCAUAACCCUGCAAAUUAGUCCUCCUCAAGUACAUUUGCAGUUGUCUUUUGAAAGUUCCUAUAGAAUCUGACUCUACCAUCCUUUCACCUGGUGUAUUCCAGAUCUUAACAACCCUCUGUAUGAAAAUAUUUCUCUUCAUUUCCCUUCUAGUUCUUUUCCCAAUUAUUUUAAAUCCAUGCCCUCUGCUUACCAACUCAUUUCCCAGUGGAAAUGGUCCCUCUUUACAUGCUCUAUCAAAACUCCUCAUAAUCUUGAAUACCUCAAUUAGGCCUCCCCUUAACCUUCUCUACUCAGAGAAUAAUCACAGUUUCUCCAAUCCCUCUAUGUAACUGAAGUUCCCUUUACCGUGGUACCAUCCUGGUCAACCCCCUCUCUCCCCUCUCCACAUCCUUAACAACCUUCCUGAAUUGUGGAGCCUAGAGUUGUUGGGUAUUAUGUAAACCUCCUAGUGUGCUUAACAUAGUUCUUUGAGUCAUCCCAGGGUACUGUAUAAUGUCAUUUUUAAGGUCACUUUUCCAACAAAGUGCAUGAGGCGUGUGUUUGAGGCAUCAUCCAUUGUAAAUAUCAAAGGUGUUGAUGGGAGCUAUAACUUGAACAUGAAAAACCAUUAUGCACCACGAUGCUCACUGGAGCUCCAGCGCCGAUGGCGACUAUUAUCACAAUCGGAGAGGUAAUUUGGCGACAAUUGGAGAAAUGAGGUUUAGCUGCAAUUGCCUUGUAUUCAACUCCCACAAAGAAAGCUACCAUCAGACUUGACAUGUUAAGUAAUAUUGCAUAAAUACCUGUGACCUCCCUUCCUCUCCCUCUCAACCUCUCUAAGGAGACAGCACACUCUUAAAAGUUAUAAAAAGGUCCUUUUGGUAAUAAAGUAAAACCCCUCAAUGCCAGGACCUACAUUGGCUCUAAUUGGAAUUUCUCAAAGUUAAUAUGAAAACCAAGACUUUGAAAGAUGCAUGGAUUGCCUUGUUAACUCAUUAAGCAGAUUGAUGGGAAGGCCAGACCCAAAGAGAAUUUGGGAAACCUUCUAAUAUAGGAAUCCUGCUCAUUCACAGGAUUCUUCCUUAUUUUUUUUGCUCCCAAGAUGUGGGUAGUGCUGCCAAGCCCACAUUUAUUGCUUAUACUUAUUUGUUUUAAGUUGAUGGGGCCUUCUCCUUGAACCUUUAUUGUCCUUGUGGGGAUAGUGCUCCCACUACCAACCACAACAACUUGCAUUUUAUAGCACCUGUAAUAUAGCAAAAUGUCUGAAAGCACAGGAGCUGUGUCAAGCAAAAUUUAGCCACAUAAGGAGAUAUUAAGGCACGUGAUCAAACGCUUAGUUAAAGAGGUAGGUUAAGGAGCAUCUUAAAGGAGGAAAUGGAGAAAAAAGAGUUGGAGGUUUAAGGAGGGAAUUCCAGAGCUUAAGGCAUAGCCACCAUUGGUGGAGUGAUUAAAAUGGGGGUGCUCAAGAGACCUGAUUUGGAGUAGGCAGAUAUCUUCAAAGGCUGUGGGGCUGGAGGAGGGUACAGAGAUGGGGAAGGGUGAUGCUUUGGGCAGAUUAGAAAACAAGGAUGAGAAUGUUAAAAUGGAGGUGUUGCUAGACCAGGAUAGGUCAGCGAGCACAGCUGAUGGCUGUGUUAGGUAGGGAAUACUAGGUUAUUGACUUAGUGUUAUGAUCCCAGCUGAUGUUAAUAUUGGACAAGUCAGAUCCCAGAGUGAAACCUGGUUUGGUAGAUCCUAACUUUGUUUUUUUUUUUGAAACCGUGGAGGUCAGUUACUGAACGGAUUCACAAGAGUCUGCCAGUAAACUGUUAACACAAAGAAUAAAAUCUUUAUUAAACAAGAAAAAAUGAACUAUAUUGCACUGUACAAAAAGGUUGGAAAAUGAUUCAAACUCACGCUAUGCCUUUUAUUCCAGCAACCCUUACAGACACAAAAUCCCAGCGAAGAUUUACCACUGUCUCAACACCAAGGUUUCUUGCUUGGGUCAGCCCAGUUUCAAACAGUUUACUUCCGGCAGACUGCUGUGCAUUCACUAGAUGCUUUUCCUCAGCUGGUAUUUUUGCCUGAGACACCCAAAACCUGCAAUCUAAACUCACUAUUACUUCUACUUCAGACCAAACACAUGAGUUCCCUAAACUCAAUUCCCCAGCAGACUUGCAGGACUUAUUAUUAGAGAGAUUAGACCUUCAGCCUGCACUCUCUAGUAUUCACCCACUAAUUGACUGCCCUUCUGAAUUUCCCAUCUCUCUGAGUGUCUCUGGAUCCCUGUCACGAAGCAACAGCACACGUUUUUCUACUUUUUUAAAACUUCACUAAACUACUAAUGCCUUGAUAACCCAUCGCUUCACUUCAAGAGUUGUAAAACCUCAUUAAAAAUGCAUGCAUACAAACAGGUUCCCAGACUUUCCGGUACCCAACUCACAAAAACCUUUUAAUGAAACUAAAACCAGGUUUCACUUUACUUAACACCCAAAUACAAAAUAUAAAUUAAACUUAAAGCUAUACAUUGUUCAUAACACUUAGUGACAAGGAAAGAACAGCGAUGUAUGUUCAAGUAAAGAGGAAGUGUGCCUUGGAGAUGAUGGUGUUCCAUGCAUUGUUCUCCUUAAUGCUGGAAAUUGCAGAGAAUGGAGGUGCUGUUGAAGUGACCACAGUGAGUUGCUUCAGUGCAUCCUGUAGAUGCUACAGUCAUAAUGCUUUGGUGAUGCAGGAGUCGGUUAUGGUUUAUUACCCCAGUGACAGGGGUGUUAAUACCCUUGGAUGUUGUUGAGCUUCUUGUGUAGUGCUGCACUCACCAAUCCAGGUGCUUGGUGAGUAUUUCCACUGUCUAACUUAAACCUUGUAGAUGGUGGAGAGACAUGAAGGGUCAGGAGUAUCUAGCCUGUGCCUUGCUCUUGUAGCCAUGUUCAUAGGUCUACAUAAGCUUCUUUUCAAUGGUGAUCUCCAAGAUGUUGAUGCUGGGGAAUGUAGCAAUGCUGAUGGUACUGCAGACUGAUUUCAAUUUGUUCAAGACGGUCAUUACCCAGCAGGUGAUGGGUGCCAAUUGGCUGCCUUAGCUUUAUCCUACUUUUUGUGAAUAAGACAUGCCUUUGAAAUCUUCCACAUUGUCAGGUAGGUGCAAGUGUCAUAGCUGUUAUGGAACAACUUUGUCAGAAGAACAGUUAACUCUGGUGCCACAUGUUUUCAGCACUACAGCCAGGAUGUUGUUAGGGCUCAAAAUCUUUACUGUGUCCAGUGAACUCAGCUACUUAUUAAUGUCACGUGGAAUGAAUCAAAUUGGAAAAAUGCUGGGCAUCUUUAAUGGGGAACUUGGGAUGGGGAGGGGGGCUGGGGGGCGGCCACAUAAGAUCAUUCAUUUCACAACUUAUCUGAAGAUACUUGUAAACACUUUAGGUUUGUCUCUGCUACUCAUGCUGGGCUCCACCAGUGUUGAGAAUGGGAAUGCUCAUGGAAUUACUUCCUCCUGCGAGUUGUCUUGUUGUCCAUCACCAAUCUCAACUGGAUGUGGUAGGGAUCUACAGUAAUCUGCUCUAAUUCAUUGGUUGUGAAACUAUUUAGCUCCAUAUAUAGCCUGUUAUCUUUGGUCUUUAAUAUGCAGGUUAACCCUGGUGUAAUAGUUUCAUUAGGCGGAUACCUCAUUAAGGAUUGACAGGUUACAUUACUGAGGCGAUGAGCUCAAUUUUACAUCUUUAUGAAUGCAACAUUUAGCAUUUGAUGAGAGAUUCCAUUAGGAGUCUGGUAGAGCAAACAACGAGUUACCUUAUCAGCAACAUUGUAUUGUAAUGCUGCAGUUAUAUUUACCUUACAGUGUGAAUCAGUGUGCCUUGGUCUAAAUAUUGUAAUGCCAAAUGGGUUGUAUUUGCUAUUUACCUUCUCUGUAUUGGCGAAACAGUCACACAUGGGAAAGGGACAUAUGUAAUGCAUGUUGUCACACAUUCUGUGUAUGUUUGUCAAAUCAUGGUGGUGGGAAUGUUUCAUAAUUCUGAGAACUCGCAGCCUGUGUCACCAGCCAACAUAAUUUGACCUUAUCGACCAGUCCAACUACUGGCAGUCUGAGGAAUCUCAUUAAUAUCAAUAAGUAAGUGUAAUGGUAACACUAAAAUGCACCAUAAUGUUGUGACAUGCAGUCAGCUCUGGGAUACCAUGUUAGAUUGGAUUUGUAGAUGCUGGGGGUCAGUGGAAACUUUCAAGACUGAGAGCCAUAGAUGUUUGCUGGGGCAGGGUAUCAAAGGAUAUGGAGCAAAGGCAGGUAAAUGGUGUUGAGGUACAGAUGAUGGAACAGGCUUGAAUCCUGUUCCUAUUAGUAGGUCUUGUUUCUUUAUUUAUUCAUUCAUAGGAUGUGGGCUUUGCUGGCUGGGCCAGCACUUUUGCCCAUCUCUAGUUGUC